ACACCCACGUGUUCGUGGUAUUUUAAGCGUUGCCUCUUACUCUCUCACUAAACAGCAAGUUAAAGAAUUUAAUACAAUUUUUGUUUGAUAAUUGGUUAAAAUAACGUAUUUAACGUCGGGUUUGAGCUCUUUCCAUCGAGUCCGGCGCACACCCUCGUGCCAAUCUGCACCAGCAAUUUGACAGUCCCGAAAAUAGACCAGAAACUAGAGCAACCAAAGGAGACAACUACGCAGAAGAGAAACAAAAACAAUGUCGGAAACAUACGAUUACCUAUUCAAGUUCCUGAUAAUUGGCAGUGCUGGCAGUGGCAAAAGUUGUCUGUUGCAUCACUUCAUCGAGAGCAAGUUCAAAGACGACAGUUCGCACACGAUUGGCGUAGAGUUUGGCUCACGAAUUGUGAAUGUCGGCGGAAAAUCGGUCAAGCUGCAAAUAUGGGAUACGGCUGGACAGGAGAGAUUUCGCUCGGUGACGCGAUCGUACUACCGAGGAGCUGCCGGAGCUCUCCUGGUGUACGAUGCCACUUCGCGGGACUCGUUUAAUGCCUUGACAAACUGGCUGAAUGAUGCGCGCACCCUCGCCAGUCCAAACAUUGUGAUCCUCUUAGUGGGCAACAAAAAGGACUUGGAGGAGGCGCGGGAUGUGACCUUUCUGGAGGCCAGCACAUUUGCUCAGGAGAACGAGCUAAUCUUCCUGGAGACGAGUGCCAAGACGGGCGAAAACGUGGAAGAGGCUUUUCUUAAGUGCUCUAAGACCAUCCUGGCAAAGAUUGAGACCGGGGAGCUGGAUCCCGAGCGCAUUGGCAGCGGCAUUCAGUACGGCGGGGCAGCUCUGCGCAACUUACAGACGCGACAGCGUAGCAUUAACAAACCGGAUUGCACAUGCCGCGUUUAAUCCUCUUGUACCGUGUACUACGUACGGUUAGGAGAGCAAAUUUAUCUCUAUUUUAUCUCAAACCGGAAUGCGCACUCGUAUUCCCCUUAGUUUUACUUGUGUGUGUCCCCUUUGUUUUAGUUUGUAUUUUGUCUU